AUGAUUCUUGCUUUUGAUUUUGCUUCCUCAGGGCGUGUGUUUUGGAAGUUGAAGGAACAGGUGCAUUCAGUUCACGAACAAAGAGCUGAACGCCGUUUGCUGAUGACGGACAAAUCUCAUCUCAUCGAGGGUCAAAUUCAACAAAAAAUUGACCAUUUUAAUGGCAGAAACACGGACACCCUACCUCAGAAAUUCAUUGUGAAUGAAGCCUUCUGGAAAAAGCCUGAUGGUCCUGUGUUUCUCUACAUCAGUGGGGAAGGCCCUCUGUCUAAAUUCAACCUGUUUGUUGGUCACCACGUGGCCAUGGCAGAGAAAUAUGGAGCACUGGUCGUGGCACUCGAACACCGAUUCUACGGUACGAGCAUCAAUCCAGGUGGCUUGGAGCUUUUGCAUCUGCAGCACCUUUCAAGCCAGCAGGCCCUUGCAGAUCUGGCUGCUUUCCACAGCUUUAUCAGGCAGAAAUACGACCUCACUGACAAGAACAUCUGGAUCAGUUUUGGGGGCUCGUAUGCUGGCGCUCUCUCCGCCUGGUUCAGGGGAAAGUUUCCUCAUCUUGUCUUUGGGGCUGUAGCAUCCUCUGCCCCUGUUCAGGCCAAACUGGAUUUCUCUGAUUAUAACAAGGUGGUGGGACAUAGUCUUACAGAGAAGAGUGUAGGUGGCUCAUAUAAGUGUUUAAACAGCGUUCGGAAGGCCUUCGAGGCUCUAAAGGCAGCUCUGCAGGGGGGAGAAGAGAUGAAGCUGAUGAAGGAUUUUGGAUGCUGUGAUGUGCCAAAGAGCCCCGAGGACCGCACAGAGCUCGUGCAGAGCUUGGCUGACAUCUUCAUGGGAAGUGUGCAGUACAAUGAGGAAGGAGUGAUGCUGACCAUCGCUCAAAUCUGUGACAUCAUGACCAAUCAGAGCCAAGGGGAUGCCUAUGACAGGCUGGUUAAACUUGCAGCGACGUAUCGUACUGUGGCAAAGGAGCCCUGUCUGGAUAUCUCUCAUCAAAACACCAUUCUGAACCUGAAUAAAAGCACCAGUGACAGCUUCGGGUACAGACAGUGGUACUACCAGACCUGCACCGAAUUUGGCUUCUAUCAGACCUGUGACGAUGCUAGCUGCCCAUUCAUGCACACACUGACGCUGCAGGACCACACUCAACCCUGCCUCCAGCUUUUUGAGAUUCCUGAACACACACUCCCCAUGAACAUCGCCUUCACCAACCAGUACUACGGAGGAGAUCAGGCCCGAACCCAGCGUGUGCUCUACAUCAAUGGUGACAUUGACCCUUGGAUGGAGCUGAGUAUUGUGCAUAAUGGGACCGGAGUGGAUGAGGACAGAGCUAUCGUGAUUCACGGCACUGCUCACUGUGCAGAUAUGAACCCUGCAUACUCCGGGGACAGGCCCUCACUGCGCCGGGCCAGGAAGGAAAUUGAAAGGCAUGUUGUCAUGUGGCUGAAGAGUGCAGCAUGGGAGCACACGCUCUAACCAAUCAGCACACUUGAAAGCCGAUCACCUGACCGAACCACUUUGCUCUGCCGUGACCCUUCUCUUCUGCCUUCUGUCAAAUUAUCUUAUCAGGCUGUAUGUGUGAUGUGAGUGUGUGAAUGACUGUGUGAGUAUGUGUUGGGAUAGAAAGUGACUAAAUGUGUGUGGUUUGGAUGUCUAUCAGUUGGCCAUUACUCUGUGUGUGUGUGUGUGUGUGUGUGUGUGUGUGUGUGUGUGUGUGUGUGUGUGUGUGUGUGUGUGUGUGUGUGUGUGUGUGUGUGUGUGUGUGUGUGUGUGUGUGACUUAUAAUAACAAGACAUUUAUAUGCUCUUAUUAAUCCUUUCAUAUUACCACUGUGAACAUAAUAUUUAUAGGACGUCAUGGUGAACCGUUUAACGUUGCAAAAACACAAGCUGUAUGUCUCAUGC